AUGAACAUAAUUUAUGCGCCAGGGCCUCUGCCGCAUCCGCGGGGCCGCAGCGACACCCAGCGCCGCCAGGGGGCGCCCCGGGAGCCGGCCCGAAGGACACCGGGAGCCCGCGGAGAGACUCGGGACCGGGGACCCCCGGAGCACAGAGACCCCCAGAGCCCAGAGACUCGGGACCGGGGACCCCCGGAGCCCAGAGACCCCCAGAGCCCAGAGAGAGACUCGGGACCGGGGACCCCCGGAGCACAGAGACCCCCAGAGCCCAGAGACUCGGGACCGGGGACCCCCGGAGCACAGAGACCCCCAGAGCCCAGAGACUCGGGACCGGGGACCCCCGGAACCCAGAGACCCCCAGAGCCCAGAGACUCGGGACCGGGGACCCCCGGAACCCAGAGACCCCCAGAGCCCAGAGAGAGACUCGGGACCGGGGACCCCCGGAGCCCAGAGACCCCCAGAGCCCAGAGAGAGACUCGGGACCGGCGACCCCCAGAGCACAGAGACCCCCAGAGACUCGGGACCGGGGACCCCCGGAGCCCAGAGACCCCCAGAGCCCAGAGAGAGACUCGGGACCGGGGACCCCCGGAGCCCAGAGACCCCCAGAGCCCAGAGAGAGACUCGGGACCGGGGACCCCCGGAGCCCAGAGAUCCCCAGAGCCCAGAAACUCGGGACCGGGGACCCCCGGAGCCCAGAGACUCCCAGAGCCCAGAGACUCGGGACCGGGGACCCCCGGAGCCCAGAGACCCCCAGAGCCCAGAGACUCGGGACCGGGGACCCCCGGAGCCCAGAGACUCGGGACCGGGGACCCCCGGAGCACAGAGACCCCCAGAGCCCAGAGACUCGGGACCGGGGACCCCCGGAGCCCAGAGACCCCCAGAGCCCAGAGAGAGACUCGGGACCGGCGACCCCCGGAGCACAGAGACCCCCAGAGACUCGGGACCGGGGACCCCCGGAGCCCAGAGACCCCCAGAGCCCAGAGAGAGACUCGGGACCGGGGACCCCCGGAGCCCAGAGACCCCCAGAGCCCAGAGACUCGGGACUGGGGACCCCCGGAGCCCAGAGACCCCCAGAGUCCAGAGACUCGGGACCGGGGACCCCCGGAGCACAGAGACCCCCAGAGCCCAGAGACUCGGGACCGGGGACCCCCGGAGCACAGAGACCCCCAGAGCCCAGAGACUCGGGACCGGGGACCCCCGGAGCACAGAGACCCCCAGAGCCCAGAGAGAGACUCGGGACCGGGGACCCCCGGAGCUCAGAGACCCCCAGAGCCCAGUGAGAGACUCGGGACCGGGGACCCCCGGAGCAUAGAGACCCCCAGAGCCCAGAGACUCGGGACCGGGGACCCCCGGAGCCCAGAGACCCCCAGAGCCCAGAGAGAGACUCCGGACCGGGGACCCCCGGAGCACAGAGACCCCCAGAGCCCAGAGACUCGGGACCGGGGACCCCCGGAGCCCAGAUGA